AUGAAGGCAAGUCCACUGAAAAAUGUCAAGAUCUCAUCGGUGGUGCCUGCUCUUGUGACAGGAGAGAACAAGCCACGACAGCUCACGCCUAUGGACUUAGCCAUGAAGCUCCACUGCGUCCGAGCCGUCUACUUCUUCAAAGGCACACGUGACUUCACCAUGGCCGACUUGAAGAACAACAUGUUUGGUCUGCUCCAGCUCCAGUGUUAUUACCACAUCACGGGUCGCAUCCGGAUGUCCGACAGUGACCCUUCAUCUCCAGGGAUACCUUACCUUCGCUGCAACGACAGUGGCAUACGCUUCGUCCAAGCCAACGUCGAAGAGUUCACGGUCGAGGAGUGGCUCGACUUGGACGACCGUUCCAUUGACCACCUGUUCCUUGUGUACAACCAAGUUCUUGGUGAUCCUGAUCUCAUCUUCUCUCCGCUUGUUUUCCUCCAGGUAACACAGUUCAAAUGUGGCGGCUUCUCCAUUGGGCUGAGUUGGGCCCAUAUAUUAGGAGAUGUGUUUUCAGCAUCAACUUUCAUGAAAACAAUGGGACAGCUACUGUCGACUCCCCCAUCCAAACUCGUGUACCCGAAAAAGCCCCAACCGACAACUCAUGUUCAUGAUCAACGUGACGGUGGUGAAGCUAUUUCCAUCAAAAAGAUAGAAUCCGUUGGUGAAUAUUGGUUACUUAACAAUAAACGGAAGAUGGAGAGAUUUAUUUUCAACUUCAGCCUCGACCAAAUCGACCUUUUGAUGGCCAAGUACACGGCCCUAACAGAUAAACCUUUCUCGGAGGUUGAUAUUCUUUAUGCAUUGAUAUGGAAGUCGCUAAUGAAUAUCCGUGGCGAAACGGAAACGAAAGUUAUAACAAUCUGUGACCGUAAAAAGUCUUCAACGUGUUGGAAUGACGACUUGGUAAUAAGCGCAGUGGAAAGAAAUGACGAAAUGAUUGGUAUGUCCGAGCUAGCGACACUGAUUGCUUGCGAGAAAAGAGAAGAAAACGGUGUGAUCAAGCAGAUGAUAGGGAGAGAUAGAGGGUUUUCCGAUUUUAUCACGUACGGUGCAAAUUUAACGUUUGUGAAUCUUGAUAUGGUAGAUAUGUGCGAGUUUGAGAUCAAAGGAGCGAAGCCGGAUUUCGUGAACUACACUAUUCAAGGUGUUGGAGACAAAGGUGUUGUUUUGGUCUUCCCCAAGGGAAAGUUAUCAAGGAUGGUAAGUGUGGUGAUGCCUGAAGAAGACCUUGCAAAACUAAAGGAUGAGGUGAAUAAUAUGAUUGUGUAA